AUGCCUAAGCGGAGUAAAUUGCUUCAGGCCCUGGAUGACCACCGCGGUCGCGAUUAUGAGGCUGAGAAGCAGAAGAAGCUAGUUAAGGCGGCGGAGAAGAGGAAGGCUGCUAAGAAGGCUGCUGCUGGGGAGGAUGGUGUUCAGGUCAAGGAUAAGGCCGAAGACCUGAAGUCUAAGAAGCGCGAAGCUGAGGAAGAGGUCGAGGAGGAAGGAUCAAGCGACGAGGAGGAGGAAGAGGAAAAGGAAGAGACCUCCGAUAAGGAAGAAGAAGAAGAUGACAAUGACGAGGAGGAAGAGGAGGAAGAGGAAGAAGAGGAAGAAGACAUCCCGCUCUCUGAUCUCUCGGACGACGAAAGAGAAGACGUCGUACCACACCAACGUCUCACGAUCAACAACUCCGCCGCCAUCAACGCCUCCCUCAAGCGCAUCUCCUUCAUCACACCUAAGACCCCAUUCUCCGAGCACAACUCGCUAGUCUCGCAAGAGCCGAUCGACGUCCCCGACCCCAACGACGACUUGGCUCGCGAGCUGGCUUUCUACAAGGUUUGCCAGGCGGCUGCGUCAACGGCUCGUGGACUACUCAAGAAGGAGGGUAUCCCGUUCACUCGGCCUGGAGAUUACUUUGCUGAGAUGGUUAAGACGGAUGAGCACAUGGGCAAGAUCAAGAAGAAGCUGUAUGAUGAGGCGGCGGGCAAGAAGGCAGCUGCGGAGGCUCGCAAGCAGCGUGAUCUGAAGAAGUUCGGAAAGCAGGUCCAGGUUGCGAAGUUGCAGCAGCGUGCGAAGGAGAAGCGUGAGACUUUGGAGAAGAUCAAUGAUCUGAAGAAGAAGCGCAAGGCCAACCCCUCCGGCCCUACAGAUAAUGACAACGAUAUGUUCGACAUCGCCAUCGAUAACUCCGAGUCCAAGGGCCGCAAGCGUGGCCGUGAGGAUGGUGGCGGUCCCAACCUGAAGCGUCAGAAGAAGAACGAGAAGUACGGCUUCGGCGGCAAGAAGCGCCACGCCAAGAGCGGUGAUGCUAUGUCUAGCGGAGACCUGCGCAGUUUCUCAGUGAAGAAGAUGAAGGGAGGUGCUAAGAGGCCGGGCAAGAGCAAGAGAGCUGCCGCCAAGGGACGGAUGUGA